AUGCCACCAAAGAAAAGGCAACGCGUGAGCGCGGCAACGUCGCCAUUCCCGAUCUCAGACGUUCCAUUGGCACCGCCAUCUAAGAAAGACCCUAGUCAGCUCAGUGAUGAAGCUGCAAAACAUGAUGUCUUGGAUGAUCUUUGGACUGACGAUCAAGAGAGCUCCCUGUUCAAGAGCAUGAUCAAAUGGAAGCCUACCGGCGUUCAUAAACAUUUUCGGAUGCUCGCGAUUUCGAAUCAACUUCGGAGUCAGGGUUUCGCCAACACCCACAUCAACCACACCCGAAUUCCAGGCAUUUGGGCCAAACUGAACACAUUAUACGAGCUCGAUUCUCUCGACGAGCGAGAAAACAACGAAGUUCUCCGUGAUUACCCUGACCCUUCUGAGUUCGAUGAUCUCGAAAGCGACGAAGAACUCGUGGAAUUCGCUCUUCCGAGUGACGAGUUUGGUGACAUGAUAUGGUCUCGUCGCUUUCCAUCCGAAUCCAAGACCCGAUCUUCCAGUCCUUUCGAGAUCCCUGGUCUUGAACACGUUCGACCGACUGCAGAUUUCACCGUCACAAGAGGUACAGAUGCUGCGGAUGAAGAUGAAUCGGAGACUCCGCGUCCAGGCUCCAGCCGGGCCCGCACGGUGAAAAGUGGUAAGGGACGGGGCUCGUUAGCCAAACCCUCCGCAUCUCGACAGACUAAAGGCGGCUCUACUGUGGACUCGUCGGUGGGAGAUGCUAGCGAGGAUGAAGCGGAUGAAGACGACGAGGAUGAUGCCAGCGAAGAUGAGACUUCUGGAAAAGGAGUUACGAAAACCAACCCAACCAAAAGAAAGAGUGUCAGAAGGGGCGCGAGGAGGCGAUAG